AUGAAUUAACCAAUAAAAUAACCAAAAUAGGUUAGGUAAAGGAUUGAAAUAAUAUUAAUAGGGUUUAAUGAAGUGAAAAAUACCUAAUAAAUAUAAAAUAAUAAGUCUCAGAUUUAAUAGGAAUUGUUGAAAUAUAAAAUUUAAUUGAGGAAUAAAAACUUGGAAUUUUGGAAUUCCAAUUAUUAAUAAUAAAAAAUAAGAAUAAUGAAAGAAGCAACUGUUAUGCCUUUGAAAGAAAAGAAUGAAACAAAUAGGGUAACAAUUAGUUUUAAGAAUCUAAUUUAUUAAGUGUCUGUAAAGAAUCCUAAAGGAGUGUUAGAAAAUAGAACAAUUUUGAAUAGUUUAUCAGGACUUUGUUAUCCAGGUUAAGUAACAGCUAUAUUGGGUGCAUCUGGAGCAGGGAAAACAUCUUUACUUAAUAUUUUAGCAAAAAGAAUCUGCCGAUAAAAUAAUAUAUCUUUAUAAGGAGAGAUAUAAGCAAAUGGAUAACCUUAUAAUAGUGACUAGUUUGCAUAAUUUUCAUCAUAUGUUAUGUAGAAUGAUGUUCUUUUUGGAACAUUAACAGUAAGGGAAACAUUUGAAUUCGUAGCAAAUUUAAAGUAUGCUGAUCCAUAAUAGAAAGCAGAGAAAGUAGAUUAUGCAAUAAAGACUUUAAAGUUGGAACGUUGUUAAAAUACAUUAGUAAAGAUUUAAAUUAAUAUUGAAAGAUUGGUAAUGCUCUAAUAAAGGGAAUUUCAGGUGGAGAGAGAAAAAGAACCUCAAUAGGAGUAGAAUUGGUUAGCGAUCCCUAUUGUAUAAUGUUAGAUGAACCAACAUCUGGACUUGAUUCAUUUACAGCUUUUGUUAUAAUGUAAAAAUUUUAAUGAAUGAUUGAAUAGUAAUUUAUUAAAAAAACUAGCUCAUAGUUCUGAUAGAACUAUAGUUUUUACAAUUCAUUAACCAAGUGCAGAUAUUUAUAUGUUAUUUGAUUAAGUGAUGCUUUUAGUACAUGGAAAAUUUAUUUAUUAAGGGAAGAGAGAUAAAAUGGUUGAAUAUUUUAAAAGCAUUGGUUUUGAUUGUCCAGCUCAUUCUAAUCCUUUAGAUUAUUUAAUGAGUAUCAUGCAUCAUGAAGACUUAAAUCAUCCACAUUAUUAGACAUUGUUUAACAAUUAUACAAUAAAUAUUUAUCAAUAGACUAUACAAUAAUCAAUUUUAGAAUUAAAUCUUAAAUCAAAUAGAAGAAAUCUAAAAAUAAACUAUAUAAAGACAAACAAUCUAAACAACAUUCUCAUUUUAAGUGAAAGAAAUUUUUAGAAGAGGAAUGAUUAAUAUGAAAAGGGAUAAAGUUCUUGUUAGAGGUAGAAUAAUCAUGACUAUAUUUAUUGGAUUAUUAAUUGGAGGAAUAUUUUGGACUGCUGGAAGUGAGCCAGGUUAUAAAGGAAUUUAAAGCACUAUUGGAGUUUUAUUCUUUUUAG